AUGUCUUUCUUCAGUGCUACCGGCGUCAGAGACGGUAUGUUCGGUGCGGUUGUCACUGAUGGCCGAGGCCAAAACGGUGCACUCGUUGCUGUAGCCACACACAGCGAAUCUCGUGAUGGUACCCCCGUCACUCGCGUUGACACGGUCUAUGGUGGGCUGGUGACUGGCCGGGACGGUAGCCGAACCCUAGGAAACAAGGUGGCGACCUUCAUCGAGAAUCCGAUUCCCUACGUCGAUCCUCGGGAUGGACGACGAUACAACAUCCCCGGUGUUGUCCGCAUGGCUAACUAUUAUGCAGGAAACUUCAGCUAUGAUGACCAUAAUCUCGGUCUACUCAGACAGGUCCAUCCUCGUCUCGCCCUGGAGGAUGAACGCCGGGCGAAUGAACGAGGUAGAGCAUUCAGACACGACCGCACUUCUCGACCAGCUCCAGUCCGUCGCUCCAGAUCCCGAGAUUUAUACACUGUGAGCACUUCUCAUACAAGUAGACAGACCAAUAGGCCUACUUCAAGCUCUGCAGUGAAGCCAAAGGCUCUUCUUGUCCCCAUCCCAGUCAAAUUGAAGAACAAUAAACCUCCUCUCUGGAUGAUAGUGCACAUAAUGCCUGGAGCUGUGUCAAUUGGGAGGACUUUGCCAUGGAAGCAGCUGAGAAAGAACGAGAGACACUCCGUGAUUCGAUUGAGCGACCAUGGGCACAUGAACAAUGAACUUCUGAGAACUCCAAGGACUGGGAUGAGAUCGCCAUGA